CGUAUUACAUUUUCGCUUCACGGAUUUUCAAACCAUCUUCAGAUCAAAAGCUUUGGGGUUGAAAAAAGGAGGUUGCAGUCACAGCUUCAUCACAGUCUCCACAAAAAAAGAGAAGAACCAUUAAAUUUCAGAGCUUUUUUCGUGCUAAAUUCAGCUAAACCCCCCAAAACCCGCUUCAGGGAAUUCGGAUUCGGAGCUCUUUUUGGGGUCUCAACAUGUCCAUGGAUGCGAGCUCUGGUUCUGGGGAUGGUGGCAACAUCAAAGGAGUGCCCACGCAUGGUGGCCGCUACGUACGCUACAAUGUGUACGGAAACUUUUUCGAGGUCUCUGCAAAGUAUGUUCCUCCGAUUCGUCCGGUUGGUAGAGGUGCAUAUGGCAUUGUCUGUGCUGCAGUAAAUUCAGAAACACAUGAGGAGGUUGCCAUUAAGAAGAUUGGUAAUGCAUUUGACAACAGAAUAGAUGCCAAAAGGACCUUAAGAGAAAUUAAGCUCCUUCGUCACAUGGAUCAUGAAAAUGUUAUUGCCAUCAAGGACAUUAUACGACCACCAAAGAAGGAAACUUUCAAUGAUGUCUACAUUGUUUAUGAAUUGAUGGACACUGAUCUUCAUCAGAUCAUUUGUUCUAACCAAUCCCUCACCGAUGAUCAUUGUCAGUACUUUCUGUAUCAACUGUUGCGAGGAUUAAAAUAUGUACACUCUGCAAAUGUCUUGCACCGUGAUCUAAAGCCCAGCAAUUUGCUUCUGAAUGCAAAUUGCGAUCUUAAGAUUGGAGACUUCGGACUGGCAAGGACGACAUCUGAAACAGAUUUCAUGACUGAGUAUGUGGUCACUCGUUGGUAUCGGGCACCAGAGUUGCUUCUUAAUUGUUCAGAAUAUACUGCUGCGAUUGAUAUAUGGUCUGUUGGUUGCAUACUAGGUGAAAUCAUGACCAGAGAACCAUUAUUCCCUGGCAAAGAUUAUGUUCAUCAGUUGAGGCUUAUCACAGAGCUUCUCGGUUCACCUGAUGAUGCAAGUCUUGGCUUUCUCCGAAGUAAUAAUGCCCGACGAUAUGUUAGGCAGCUUCCACAAUAUCCAAAGCAACAAAUCUCUGCUAGAUUCCCCAAUAUGUCACCUAGUGCUGUUGACUUGCUAGAGAAAAUGCUUGUCUUUGAUCCCACCAAGCGUAUUACAGUCGAUGAGGCACUAUGUCACCCAUAUCUGUCAUCUCUACAUGAUAUCAAUGACGAGCCUGUUUGUCCCAGUCCUUUUAGUUUUGAUUUUGAGCAAUCAUCAAUCACUGAAGAGAACAUCAAGGAGCUCAUCUGGAGGGAAUCCGUGAAGUUUAAUCCUGACCCAACUCACUAGGAGAAAUGUGGUCAUAAUGCUUUGUCGUAUGCUAUAGAAAUAUAUUGGGAGAUAACUUUUCCCGCUUGAAUACAAUGUAUGUCCAUAACCAUAACCAUCCAGAGUAGGUAGAAACAGCAUUAGAGUUUGCUUAUUCUUUGAAACUUGUUAACUCAUGUAUAUGGAGAAAAAUGUUGGAAGGGAUUAGUUGUCCCCUAUGUAUCAGCAAAACCCUAAACCAAUAUUGGUUUUGGUUCUUAUAUGAGCUGGUAAACCUCCAUAUUGGUUUUGGAUCAAAGAUUGUGAAUGUUGUAAUGUUGGUCAAUCUAAGUUUCUUAUUUUUCGAAUAAAAUAAUUGUGUGAAUCUGAA